CGACCAAAUCUAGGUCUCGUCACACAUAUAUCCGCUUCGAAGCACGCGCGCGCGCGACGACCCCGACCCCUACUACUACUGCUCCAGUAUUUAGCUGCCUCGCUCGCAGCAUCCGCGUACUCCUGUUCCCAUGUGCGACUCCCCCUCGUCCUCGUCGUGUUCGUCGUUGUCGUUGGCGUUGGCCAUGGGAGAGAGGAUGAGGAGGGCGGCGCACGCGAUGCUGUUCCCGUUCCCGUGCUCGGGGCACAUCAACCCGACGCUGAAGCUGGCCGAGCUGCUGCACUCGCGCGGGGUGCACGUCACGUUCGUCAACACGGAGCACAACCACGAGCGCCUGCUGCGGCGGCGCGGCGGCGGCGGGGCGCUGCGCGGGCGGGAGGGGUUCCGGUUCGAGGCGGUGCCCGACGGGCUGCGCGACGACGAGCGCGCCGCGCCGGACAGCACGGUGAGGCUGUACCUGUCGCUGCGGAGGAGCUGCGGCGCGCCGCUGGUGGAGGUCGCGAGGAGGGUGGCGAGCGGCGGCGGCGUGCCGCCCGUGACCUGCGUCGUGCUCAGUGGCCUCGUCAGCUUCGCGCUCGACGUCGCGGAGGAGCUCGGCGUGCCGGCGUUCGUGCUCUGGGGCACCAGCGCCUGCGGCUUCGCGUGCACGCUCCGGCUUCGCCAGCUCCGGCAGAGAGGGUACACGCCGCUCAAAGACGAGAGCUACCUGACGAACGGUUACCUGGACACGCCGAUCGACUGGAUCGCCGGCGUGCCGACGGUGCGUCUCGGCGACGUCUCCAGCUUCGUCCGCACGCUCGACCCGACCAGCUUCGCGCUGCGCGUGGAGGAGGACGAGGCGAACAGCUGUGCCAGGGCGCAGGGCCUCAUCCUCAACACGUUCGACGACCUCGAGUCCGACGUGCUCGACGCGCUCAGGGACGAGUUCCCGCGCGUGUACACCGUCGGGCCCCUCGCCGCCGACCGCGCGAACGGCGGACUGAGCCUGUGGGAGGAGGACGCGGCGUGCAUGGCGUGGCUCGAUGCGCAGCCGGCCGGGUCGGUGCUGUACGUCAGCUUCGGGAGCCUGACCGUGAUGUCGCCGGAGGAGCUCGCCGAGCUCGCGUGGGGCCUCGCCGACACCCGCCGCACCUUCCUCUGGGUCAUCCGCCCAGGCCUCAUCGCCGGCGCCGGCGCCGGCGACCACGACGUCGUGACCAACGCGUUGCCAGAUGGGUUCGUCGCGGAGACGAAGGGCCGGUGCUUCAUCGCCGAGUGGUGCGCGCAGGAGGAGGUGCUCCGGCACCGCGCCGUCGGCGGGUUCCUCACGCACAGCGGGUGGAACUCGACGACGGAGAGCAUCUGCGCCGGCGUGCCGAUGAUCUGCUGGCCGGGGUUCGCCGACCAGUACAUCAACUCGCGGUACGUGCGCGACGAGUGGGGCAUCGGGCUCCGCCUCGACGAGGAGCUCCGCCGCGAGCAGGUCGCCGCCCACGUCGAGAAGCUCAUGGGAGGCGGCGGCGGCGGCGGCGACAGGGGCAAGGAAAUGAGGCGCAACGCCGCCAGGUGGAAGGCGGCGGCGGAGGCGGCGACGGCGAAGGGCGGCUCGUCGUACGGCGGCCUCGACAAGCUGGUCGAGCAGCUGCGGCUGGGUCAGUGACGACAUGGCACACACGCGUACACGUCAUCGUCGUGACAAGUUCGGCAGUUCGGCUGGCUGGCUCACUCAUCGGACGCAUGUGCAAAAUGCACUUUGGAUGUUUCUCCUUUUCUUUUUUUUUUCUUCUUCUUUUCAUUUCUUGCAGUUGCAGAGUCGCAGUUGUUCAGUUCUUAUCUGGUUCUUGGAUAUGAUUUUUAGCGACAGGAGUGAUAGCGGUACAACGUUUUCUUAAUGCAGUGGUUUGUUUAGUUAAAACUGUAUGCUGAUUGAAGAGAGAGUAGUAUUACUAGUAAUUAGCGUGUCGAUUACUGUAUUUAUUUUGUCGCUUUGUACGUCAACAAAAAAAUUUUAAUUGGAUUCACCGUGACGUCGGAGAAAGACUUAACAUUA